UCAACAUACAAGUUCACACACAUGAUUUUAAAGAACAUACACCUUCAGUAUCUGAGAUCUCUGGUCUGGAGUAAACAUCAGAGGUGUAUUUGAGGUAGGAUAUGGUUUAGGGGUGGGCAAGCACCUUCAACAGCCCCUUCCUGACUACGUCACUUUGAGAAGUUAUGUAAAUAUGCUGUUUCUCCUUUUGUGCUCCCACAACUCUCUUUGAGGAAUGUGAUGCAAAGAGGAAACGUUUACAUGUACAACUGAAUGAUCACAACACUUCAAACUCUGAAAUCCCAGUUCAGCAGAAUGGCAGACAUGUCAGUUGAAGAGAUGACAACUAAAGCCAACCAUGUAACAAAUGAGUCACUUGAAAGCACUAAACGAAUGGUACAAAUGACAAAUGAUUUUCUUUUAGAAACACUAAUGAAUGUGGAACGGGAAAUGGACCAGAUUAAGCAGGACAUGAAACAAGCUCGAAUAAACCUGAAUGAACUGUCCAAAUGCUGCGGCUUGUGUUUGUGCCCAUGUAACAGACUGAAGUCCACCGAGAGUGACUGGAGAAAAAAGCAGGUCAGGGAACCAAAGGAAAGCAAGCAGAAGGUGGUAUCAAGGCAACCGACUGCCGUUCGCAAUGGGCAGGCCUCCACCGGCCCCUACAUCAAGAGAAUAACAAAUGAUGAUCGAGAAGAUGAGAUGGAAGAGAAUCUAAGUCAGGUGGUCAACCACGUUGCAGUAUUAAAGAACAUGGCACUGGACUUGAACAACAAGAUUGAAGAUCAAAUCCAAAUAAUUGAUCAUUUAAAUAAUGAGAUUACAACAGUUACAAGUGAGGUUGCUGCGGCGGAAAAACAAGCCAGGAAACACCGAUAAGAGAAAUAUAGAAAGGACCACCA